GCGCUUUAGAAGCUUCUUCUAGCAUGACUGGUCAAGUCAGUGUGAGAUAGUACCUUCCAGUGUUUGGUUUGUGUUAUUUCCUCAGAGAAUCUUUGUUUCAGAAGCGAGGGCUUCCAUACACCGGAAAUGCGCAUUAUAAAAUUUAUGCUACCCAUUGGGCUUACGAAUUUAGCCCGAAACUUCGCAGUUGCAGCAGCGAUGAGCGGAAACAUGGAUUAUAAAUCAGCUACGUCGAUUUACGACUUCACGGCGAACUCUAUCAGAGGAGAAGAAGUCCCUUUGUCCAAAUACAAAGACCACGUGUGUGUGAUCGUGAAUGUUGCUUCGAAAUGCGGCCUUACAGCAACGAAUUACAAAGAAUUGAAUGAGUUGUACGACGAGUACGCCGAAUCUAAGGGACUACGAAUUCUAGCAUUCCCUUGCAAUCAAUUCAAUGGACAAGAGCCAGGAGACAGUGAAGAGAUUUGCAGUUUCGCCGAUCGUCAGAAAGUGAAAUUCGACUUGUUCGAGAAAAUCAACGUAAACGGAGACAACACGCAUCCCCUUUGGGCAUAUUUGAAGAAAGAGCAAGGCGGUUUGAUAGGUAAUUUCAUAAAAUGGAAUUUUACCAAGUUUAUCGUAGAUAAAGAGGGCAAGGUCGUCGAACGGCACGGUCCUAAUGUAGAUCCGCACAAACUAAAGGAUCAUCUUGAAAAAUAUUUUUAAGUUGUUCCUCUCUGUAUAAUUCUGCAAGAUUAAUGUUAUUCAUAUCGUAUGUAGCGUUAGUGUGAAUUAAUUCCAAGUUUCUUCAACAAACUAUGAAAUUCGAAACAUAAUAAUGUAGAUUCUGCGAUAUAUUAUGACGUAUUCUGAUGAUGUAAUUAUGAAUCGUCUAAAUAGUUGGAAAUUAAUUAUUAUCUGCACAUUUUGUCUUGCAUCGAACAAUAAAAGAUCUAUUUAUGACAAAUUUUCACACAAA